GUCACGGCUUCACGACGGUGACGCGGUGACGGUGGCGCAAGGUGCAAUACACUACGACUGGAAAAUAUAGGGCCUAGCUAGAUGACAGCAAGAAAUUUUUUGAUCGUGUCGUGAUUUUUUUUGUGUAAUUCAUUAUCAGGGAGUUAUUAUUAUUAUUUAAAUUAAAUAAGUUUUUCUUUUGGUAGUGGGGUGCGGCAGAAAGACUAAAGAUUAAGACUUGAAGAGAAGACUGUGUGUGUAAGAGGUUAACGUCAAAAUCAAAAUAAACUUUGACUUUAGCAGUGUAUUGAAGUUGUCCUCUGCUGAACAUUUGUGUUGUUAGAGAAUAUACUACUAGGCCUACUACUUUAAACAGAUUCUUGGUCAAAAACACUUUAACGUCAGUACCGGUAUCAGUUAUCAAAUUCCAAUUCUGAAAUAUUGAAUAGGCCUAGGCCUACAUAACUUUAAAAGUAUGGCUGCUCCGGUGCAAAGAUUGUCUUUGCGUUUCAAUAAAGUAUUAAACAAAACCAACUGGGGAGCUUCUACAAUAUCUUCAACUAAACACAGUAACAAACCUAGGACGUAUUUUACCUACAGUCCUGAAAUAGCUCAACCACUUCAAAGGGAACCAAAGUGGACGACUGCAGAAGAGGCAGUAAAAUGUAUCAAGUCAGGAGACACAGUAUUUCUGAGUGGAGCUGCCUCCACCCCCAUCACACUAGCCAAGGCUAUGACUGACCAUGGCAAGAGCUCUGGUCUCAAGGACAUUGUCGUGUGUCACAUGCACACUGAGGGAGAGGCUCCAUACACUAGCGAGGACUGUAAAGGAAUAUUCAGAUCGUUAUCGUUUUUCAUGGCUGGAAAUGUUCGUAAGGCUGUGGCUGAAGGCAGAUCGGAUUGUAUCCCGAUUUUCCUCUCAGAAAUUCCUCUGCUUUUUACACGAAAGAUUGUUAAACCAGAUGUCUGCAUGAUUCAGGUGUCACCCCCUGAUGAGCAUGGGUUCUGCAGCCUAGGCACCAGUGUGGACUGUGUGAGGGCCGCUUGCUCCAAUUCCAAAAUAAUUAUUGCUCAUGUGAACACAAACAUGCCGAGGACAUUUGGAGACGCAUUGAUCCAUUCGUCACACUUUGACUACGCUGUGAAACAUGACGUGGAUCUUCCAACGGGACAUCACACAGGCAAGCCACCCAGUGAGGCGGAGGCCAAGAUCGGCCAGCUGAUUGGAGACAACCUCGUAGAGGACGGUGCCACCCUGCAGAUGGGCAUCGGCAGCAUCCCUGAUGCUGUGCUAGCAGCUCUAAAGAACCACAAGGAUCUGGGCAUCCACUCUGAGAUGUUUGCUGGCGGGGUUAUCGACUUGGUCAAGCAAGGAGCCAUUACCAACAACAAGAAGACUCUCAACCAAGGCAAAAUCAUCUCAAGCUUCCUCAUUGGACCUAAGGAGCUCUAUGACUUUGUGGACAACAAUCCCUUCAUUGAAAUGAAAGUGGUAGAUUACACCAACAACAGAUCCAUCAUAGCUGCACACCCCAAGAUGACAGCCAUCAACUCCUGUAUAGAAGUGGACCUCACUGGUCAGGUUGUGUCUGACUCCAUCGGAACUCGAAUGUUCUCAGGAUUUGGAGGUCAGCUGGACUUUAUUAGAGGGGCUGCCGAAGGCUUUGAUGGGAGGGGCAAACCGAUUAUUGCCAUGCAGUCCAUCAAUCCAAAAACAAAAGAAUCCAAAAUCGUACCAACAAUCAAAACAGGCGCUGGAGUGGUAACAACCAGAGCGCAUGUUCACUACGUUGUCACAGAGCAUGGAAUCGCAUAUCUGUUUGGUAAAAGCCUUCGCCAGCGAGCGCACGCCUUGAUUAGCAUCGCACACCCAGAACAUCGUGAGGCCCUGGAGAAAGCUGCCUUUGAUAGGCUCAAAGUCAUGCCUAGUCCUUGAACAGCCAGCUCACCAUAACCGUCUCAGUCCAUGCCAACAUCAAUCAAAAGCUUUAUGGUAAUUCAGGUAAAUUUCAGCCAUGGAGAGGUAAAAGAAAUUGAAAUGAAUCACGUAUUUGGCUGGAGAAAGGUUUUCCGUUUUGAAGUGUCAGUUACAAACUAAUUUGCAGCUUGAAAUCCACUGAAGAAAUGUUUUAACUCUUUGAGUGCUGCAGUGUCAUGCCCAUUUUUUGUGCAAAAAUUGCCUAUCUAAUUUCAAUGUAAAAUGCAGUACUUUAUAAAAUGUCAUAUAAAAUACAAUUUUAGGAGUAUCCAUGUAAUUUUUAUUUUGUGCUAGAAUAAAUUCUCUAUGAAAUGGUAUAAGAUAUCAAAAAAUUCAAAAUAAAUUGGGACCAAAAAAGUAUAAAAAAAAGAUUUUUGAAAUAUUUAGACUUCCUUUAACAAUGCUUUAACUUAUGCUAAACAAUUUUAUCAUUUUUAUUCAAUAUAACAGUCAGAAGGAGCAGAAAAUGGAGAUCAAAAUUGAUGUAUAGAUCAUCAAGUUUAAAACAAAUUUGAAAAAAACUAAAUAAAAAUCUAUUACAAUUCCAAAUAAGCCUAUGUGGUUACUAAGCAACGCUAAACUAGAAUUCUGUAAUAUGAACAACUAUGGUAUGUUUUAGUUUGUUGUCAGUAAAGAUUGUUAUUACUAAUAAAUUACCUUUGCCAAUGUAUAAAAACAAAAACAUAAAUAUUUAUACAAGGAAAUUAAAAAAUAUAAGUAUAACCUGACAACAACAAACAAACCUCAAACAGACGAUAUCAGAUGUUAUCUACGACAAAAACAACUAAAAUAGUGUCUGCUAACAGACCAAACGCAACAAAAUUGAUACAGCCGGAAGCUUUUGGAUCAAAACAAUGUGUUUUUAAAGCCAGUAUGUUGUUUGAUAUUUGAGUAAUAUAUAAAAUACUGAAAGUCGGCGUCAGCGACGCUUGGCAAUUUAUGUGUAAACACAUUGCGUCGCUCGCUGCGGCACUAAAAGGGUUAAACUACAAUUUAUAGGUAGGUGCCUUGUAUGCAUCACUCAAAUUUGCUAAAAACCUUAAUUAAAUACUGUUAAUUCUCAGUGGCUGAAAAACAUUUGUACAAACACCUAGGCUCAACUUAAAAAACAAUAUUCCAAUGCAAUCAUGUUAGUUAACCAAAUUAGUUUUGAAUAGCCACCAUUAUUUUUUAGCAAUGUAUAUUGAUUCUG